UCACGACUUGCUGACCAACUAAAUGGGAUUGGGUUGCCUCCCUCCAAAUGAUGCAACCCAUUAAGUUAGACAUUAGCAGCCGAACCAACAGGUCGAGCACAUCGAUCGAGAAGCUACUGCCCCAAAGAAACCGAACUUCAAAUCCCCCAAGCAAGAUGUGGCAACUGACAUGGGCCUUUGCAUUGGCUUUCCUGCUGGUGGGUGGUGAGGCAAAGCCCUCUCAUCUUCACUACAAUCACUUCGAUCCCCACCAUGUCAACCACUUUGACGGACAUCAUCUGAGCCACUUGGAUUCUCUGCAUGCUCUGCCGCACCACUUGGAUUACGCGGUGCAGGAAUCGGUCCUUCCUCCGCCAGCUCCUUUGCUUCCUGCGGUGGCUCCACCACCAGCAUUUGCUCCACCACAACCUGUAUUUGCUCCAGCGCCUCUCUUACCUGCUCUUGCACCAUUUUUACCGGCUCCUGCUCCUCUUCUGCCCGCUCCUGCACCACUUCUACCAGCACCUGCACCACUUCUACCAGCUCCAGCUUUUCUGCCAGCUCCUACUCCUCUUUUGCCCGAGUUCCAUGUGCCCAGUGUCACCCAUCAAGUGCUGCCGCCCGUCCUGGAGGCGGUGCCCUUUGCACCCACCUACCGUGCCAUUCCCGGACCGAAGACCACCACCCACCGCGUGUCCAUUGGCUACGCCUUUCCCAAGCUGCUGGCCACGCCCCACGCCCAUCUGAAAGCCCUGCCCCUGAAGUUCGCUCAUCACCAUCACCACUCGCUGUGGUGAUCAUCCCGACCUUACGGAUGAUGAAAACCUCACCAAAGAGUAAUUAGUGUCAGAUAGGAUAUGUAAAGCUUAAAUCUACAAGUCUACCUGCAUUAUACAAUAAUUUAUCGAAUAAAUAUAGUGAAAUAAAAAACGAAACAAAUAAAAUUCAUGCAUUAUACAAUAAUAU